AGGCUAAGAUUGACCGUGAACUUUGAGUAUUGUAGAAUAAUAUCGCGUGCGUCACAAACGCGAAAUCGCGGAGAUAAAAAUUCGUCUCUUCAUAACUGGUCCUCCACUGUACCGAUUCGGUACAAUUUUGUUUCGUUUUCCUACGUUCAUUUCUACGUAUUACGUGACAAAUAAUGGCAAGCAACGCAGCCAGGGCAAUUUUAAAGCAAGGCAAAAGUGUUCUGCUAAUAUGUGACAUGCAAGAAAGACUCGCUAAGGCGAUAUUCGAAUUUGAUAAAAUCACGCAAAAUUCAGCGAAACUGAUAAACGCACUGAAACUUCUGGAUGUUCCUAUGAUUGUUUCUGAACAACACCCAAAAGGUUUAGGAAAAACGGUUUCUGCUCUUGAUAUCUCUGGUGCCAAAGGACCAUUUGAAAAGACUCAAUUUAGCAUGUGUACACCUGAAAUAAACAAAGAGCUAUCUACAAUUUGCUCUGGUCAGAAACCAGAUUCGGUUAUCCUUAUUGGUAUUGAAAGUCAUGUAUGCGUGGAGAACACAGCAAUUGAUUUAAGACAAAAUGGAUUUGAAGUGCACACUGUUGCAGAUUGUUGUUCUUCGCGUACCCAAGAAGAUAGACUAUUGGCAUUAGAGAGGAUGAAGGGAAUGGGAUGUCACAUAGUUACCUCAGAAAAUGUUAUUUUUAAACUAUUGGCAGAUGCAAAACAUAAACAGUUCAAGAAUAUACAAAGCUUGGUGAGAACACCAUCACAAUAUACAGGUCUUGUACCUCUUUCUAAAAUAUAAAUUGUGAUAAAAUGCAAUGUUACUGUGCCAUUUACAAAUGAAUUAUUUUUCUAAUUGAUGGA